UCUCUCUCUCUCUCUCUCUGUCUCUGUCUCUGUACUGAGCUUCACUGGGGGAUGCCGCUCGCAGCACAAGCCACCAUUCUCUUCUCAGCUGCAGUGCCUUGUAUAAAAUUAGCUGUUAGAGAGUCGGUUUGUGUGAAAUUGGGAGGGAUCGGAAUCCACCAUUCAAGAUUUUGCUCAUCUUCCACAACCUUCAGCUUCCAAAGAGGCAGAAAAGUUAGGAGUUCUAUUGAUUGCUCUGGUCAGACUGAGAAGAUUAUGGAAAAGGAAGAAGCAAUGGAAAACCCUGUAGGCAUUGAGUUUAUCAGGAAUGACCCAAGUAGGCUUGAAUCUAUGACAGUAGAAGAGCUCCGGAAACUAACAAGGAGGGUAGGAAUCCCCAGCAAAGGCAGGAAAAAAGAUCUUGUAUCAGCACUGAUGACUUACUCGACGAAGAAGGAAAAUGACACAGAUAAAACAUCUAUUCCAGUAUCAGAAAGCCUAUCCUCAGCCUUCAAGAUGUCUCAACCUGAUAUUUCAUCAGCAAAAAGAAAGGCGAAGGCUUCAACAACUUCUGAGGAUGAUGCGGAAAAUUCUGUUGCUGUUUCUGAAGUUCCUCAACAAACGAAGAAAAGAAGUACAAAAUUAGAGCUCGCUGAGAGCACCAGAGUUAAAGGUGGUGCCAAAAGUGUUGUCACCAAGCAAGAAUCAUCUAUUGAAACAAAAGAAGUUCUAGACACCAAGCGAUCACGUGUAAUCAAAAGGGCUUCUUCAAAGAUACAAGGCAAUGCUUUAGUUGUGGAUCAAGUUGAUCCUUCUGUGAACUCCAGUGAACCAUGGACUGUGUUUGCUCACAAGAAACCACAGAAGGGAUGGGUUGCAUAUAAUCCUAAAACAAUGAGGCCUCCACCUCUCAGCAGUGAUAAAAAGUCUAUGAAAGUCUUAUCUUGGAAUGUUAAUGGAUUGAGGGCUUUACUCAAGCUGGAGAGUUUCUCUGCACUCCAACUAGCUCAAAGGGAGGACUUUGAUGUCCUGUGUUUGCAAGAGACCAAAAUUCAGGAGAAGGAUGUGGAAGAGAUCAGGAAGAGUUUGUUUGAAGGUUAUGAUAACAGCUUUUGGACAUGCAGUGUCUCAAAGCUUGGUUAUUCUGGUACUGCCAUCAUAUCUCGGAUAAAGCCAAUCUCAGUCAAGUAUGGACUUGGCAUGCCUGAUCAUGAUAGUGAAGGGCGUCUUGUUACAGUGGAGUUUGAUAAAUAUUACUUGAUUAACGGUUAUGUGCCUAAUUCUGGGGAAGGCUUACGAAGACUGGCUUACAGGGUCAAUGAAUGGGAUACAACUUUGAGCAAUUACCUGAAAGAUCUAGAAAAAUCAAAGCCUGUCAUUUUAACCGGCGACCUGAACUGUGCUCAUGAAGAAAUUGACAUAUAUAAUCCUGCUGGAAAUCGCAGAAGUGCUGGGUUUACUGAUGAAGAAAGGAAGUCUUUUGGUGAUAACUUUUUAGCUAGAGGUCUUGUUGAUACCUUUCGAAAACAGAACCCAAAUGUGGUGGGCUAUACUUACUGGGGUUACAGGCAUGGCGGACGCAAAACCAAUAGAGGGUGGCGCCUUGAUUACUUCCUUGUCUCGGAAUCGAUCGCAGACAAUGUCCAUGACUCCUUUAUUCUUCCAGACAUCAUGGGCAGUGACCAUUGUCCAAUAGGACUGGUUUUGAAGCUCUAACCUUACUUGCAAAGCCAAUUCAAUCACUUGGUGCUUACUCUUUGCUGGCUUUUGAUUUCUGCUACAAACUGAAGAUUUUGCUGGACAUGGACGUUGACUAGAAUCAUCAACUUUUCAGUUUGUUGCAUGUUGAACUGAUUAGAGAAUUUUUUGUUUAGGGGAAGAAAAAAAAAGGAGAAUGUGAAUGUUAUGUUCAAGAUCUAGCCUGAUAUUUUGUGACCUUCCAUAAUUUUGUUUAACCAGAUGAUGGUGUUGUGACCAUGCUUUCAGGUGUAAAUAAGUUUCUUUUUUAUAUAAAAAUAAGUUUUUUUUUUUU